GUGGGAUAGGGGAGGACGAGACGGGAAGGGCGCUGCCGGCCCCGCUCACCGCCGCCGUCCUGGGAAGCCCGUGGUGCGACCGGCGGCGUCCCCGCCGUUCAAUACCGGGCCCGGUCCUAUUGAUCAAAGUGUCGAUCAGCGACCUGAGCGGGUUUUUGGGGAUGCUGCGGGACCCGGGGGGAGAGCGGCUGACCCACGUGAAGGCUGGAGGGCGGAGAGAAGGCUAAUGAGCUGUUAGAAUUCAUUAGGAUAACCUAAUGAGGUUAUUGCAGCAAGGGCAAGCGCGGGGUCCUGCACCCGGGGAGGAGCAACCCCAAGUACCAGCUCUGGGCACGGCCAUGGUGUCGGGCAAGCAGCUGGCAGACUUUGGCUACAAGGCCUUCUCGGGCUCCAUGAUGCUGCUGACGCUCUACGGGGGGUACCUGUGCACUGUCCGUGUCCAGAGGAUGCUCCAGCACCGCCGGGAGAGGGAGGAGAACACGCCCGGCCCCCAGAGCUGAGCCUGGGCUGGCGCUGGCACCGGGCCUGGCAGCUGGGACCAGCCUGGGACUGGCCCCAGGAGCUGAGCUGGGACUGGGACCGGCCCCAGGAGCUCAGUCUGGCCUGGGACUGGUCCUGCACCCAAUCUGGGACUGGGACCAACCCCAAGAGCUGAACCGGGACUGGGACUGGCCCCAGGAGCUGA